AUGAUCCACCCCUUGAGUUUGAUUCAGUGCAUAACGAGCUUCUUGCACUACUCCCUAGGGAAAAACGAGCUUUACGUUGACGUGCAAACGAUGAUUGCCAACCAGCAGAAGCCUAUGGCCAGUGAGGUGUUGUCGCAAAAUGCCAAUGCUUCCGGGCUUCAACCACGGCCUCAAGUGGUAAACAGUGUGCCACACCUGCAGGUACCACUCCCAACGUUCGAUGGGAAGUUGGAAAAUUGGUACGCAUUCAAAAGCAUGUUUCACACAGUGAUGAAUCGCUACCCAAAUGAAUCACCGGCAAUCAAGUUAUAUCACCUCAAAAAUUCGUUGAUAGGAGAAGCGUCGGGUAAGAUAGAUCAGGACAUUAUUAAUAAUAAUGAUUAUGAUUCCGCCUGGCGCAUGUUAGAAGAUGCCUACGAGGAUCAACGCUUGAUCAUAGAUACGCAUAUCGAUGCGCUCUUCAACCUUCCGAAAAUCACAAAAGAGAAUGGAGAAGAGUUGCGAAAAUUGGUUGAGUCCUGCAGUAAGCACGUCGAUGCGUUGAAAAACCAUGAUCUUCCAGUGGAAGGAUUAUCGGAAAUGAUGUUAAUCAAUAUCAUCAACAAACGACUGGAUAGAGAGACUAGGAAGCAAUGGGAGUCCUCGUUGUCCCGUGAUGAUCAACCAAGUUACGACGAGUUGAUUGAUUUUUUGAAGGAUCGUAGUCGCGUUCUUCAGAAACUUUCCAGUCAUGCGCAACCGAGCCAAACGCAGCCAGUUGCAAAAUCGAAGCAGCAAAAGGUCUUUGUGCAGACCAACAAAGAUAUUUGUCCAUGUUGCUCAGGCUCUCACAAUAUCUAUAAAUGUGAAAGUUUCAAGAAACUAUCAAUCCCCGAACGCUUCGAGAAGGUAAAAAGGGCGGGCCUGUGCUUUAAUUGCCUCCGCGCCGGGCAUCGCACAAUGGACUGUAAGACGGAUAAGCAGUGCAAGACCUGUAGCAAGCGGCACCACAGCUAUCUACACAACGAACGAGUUGAAGAUCCAAAGAAGCCGAACGACAGCAGCCAUCCGAAGAAUCCAGCGCAAGAAACGAAGAUCGAACCCGACAGCGGAAAUCCGGUGGAGGCACGUGCGGUAACCUGCUGUACACAAACGAAGAUGGCGACGAAGCAGAUUUUCCUGUCAACGGCGAAAGUACUAGUGAGUGGAUCCGGUAAUGUGACUACAACAUGUAGAGCGUUGCUGGAUUGUUGUUCGGAGUCGAACCUGAUAACGAAGAAGCUGGCGGAGAAACUGAACAUCAAGCCGUCGGUUAUAGACCCACCGAUUGCGAUUUGCGGUCUUAACGGAAUGACAACGAGCACCAACCAGAUCAUCCAAACCAAGGUAUCAUCUAGGGACGGCAAGUUUUUUGCUGUUCUCGACUUCCUGGUUACCCCUGCCAUCACUGAACUUCCUUCAGGUAAGAUAGAUACCUAUUCGUGGCCUCUCCCUGCUGGUAUUGAGCUGGCGGAUCCGUCAUUUAAUAUUCCUGACGAGGUCGACAUGAUAAUUGGCGCUGAGGUCUUUUAUGACGUGCUGAGACAAGGGCGUCUGAAGAUAGGCAGCGAUUUUCCUGUAUUAGCUGAGACGACGUUUGGGUGGGUUGUCAGCGGACCCGUAAAGACAGUACAAGCGACUUCGCGCAGAAGGAGAAUCUGCCAAAUGAACACGACCCAAGAAGACAUCAAUCGAACUUUGACAAGAUUCUGGGAGCUCGAAGCAGGAUACGUAACCAACAAGAUGACUGCAGAGGAGCGUACCGUAGAACAACAUUUCGAGGAAACACACUGCCGAAACAGCGAAGGGAGGUACGUAGUGAGGCUGCCUUUCAACGAUCUCCAGAAUCAGCUCGGCAAUUCGUAUGAAUAUGCCAAACUCCGGUGUAGCAGAUUAAUCAGCAGCUUCUCAAAGAAUCCGUCAAAGCAAAUUGCGUAUACCGAGUUCAUGAAUGAGUAUCGUCAACUGGGUCACAUGCAAGAGGUCAGCGAUAAUCCCGACCGAGGUUACUUUCUCCCACAUCAUGCGGUGUAUAAAGAAAGUAGCUCAACCACGAAAACCAGAGUGGUUUUCGAUGCAUCUGCUGCAACGACAAGCGGUGUGUCUUUAAACGAUACGCAACUAGUACAGGUGCAUCCAGAUGAUCGACAGUACCAGCGGAUCGUGUGGCUGAAUGACAAGGGCGAAUUGGCUACGUUCGAGCUUACAACCGUCACCUACGGUUGCUCCAGCGCUCCAUAUCUCGCCACAAGAAGCUUGAUACAGCUAGCAGCAGACGAGGGUGAAGAUUUUCCACUGGCGGCGCGAGCAGUGAAAAAGGACAGCUAUAUAGAUGAUUUCAUCACUGGAGGACGAACGGCUAUCGAAGUCGUUCAGAUGUACGAGCAGCUGAAAGAGAUGCUGAAACGAGGCGGCUUCGGAGUACACAAGUUCUGCUCCAACAGCCCUGAAGUGUUACGAGCCAUACCGGAUGAACUGCAAGAAAAAAAGUGGAUUUUGAGUCGUCAGAGUUGA